UUAAAUGGUGAGUGUUGGAUUUGUUAUGGUGCCGUUUCUGUUGGAGAAGCUCUGCGCUAUCUGAGCCCUCUAACCCGGUUAAACUGAUCAUGUCGAGCCGAGCGCUGCGGAGACUGAAGGGGAAACAGCGUGGACAGGAGGAUCUCAGUAUCGGAGAUUUAAACCUGGACCAUUAUGAAGAGAAGGGUGAAGAAUUGGAGGAGGAGGAACAGCAGGAGGUUUUACAGCCACCAGCUAAAAGCAACAACCGCAAAUCCAACAAGAGCAAAAGUCAGAAAAACAUCAGUAACAUUUUUGAACUGAUCGGUGAAGCUGCUGAUAAUGAUGGGGACAAAACUCAGAGUGACGAGGAGGGUGUUCAGGCACCAAAAAUCCAAGACAAGACUGAUUCUGAGAAGACAAACAAAAAAAAGAAAAAGAAGAAAAAGAAAAAACAGGUUACCGCUGAAGACGCACAGGAGGAGCCAGGCAGUAGAGAUGAUAUAGAUGCAUUGUUGGAGACCAUAGAGAAUGCUAAUGGUCUGUCUAUCCAGAGUGAGAUGGGGGGAGUUUCAGGACACAGACCUGUGCUUUACAUAGAACACAGAAAUCUUAAUCCUGAGACUGAACUGAAGAGAUAUUUUGGCACUCGGGCUGUGCUGGGAGACCAGAGGCCCAGACAAAGACAGAGGCAGUUCCUCCGCAGCACAUGGAUGACUAUGCCUAAAGACACUUGGCCUCGUUUUAGCCGACCAGGUAUCUCUAUGAACCUACUGGAGUCAAAAGAUGGCUUUCAUUUCUUCACAUUUGAGCACAGUCGUGAUUACCAGCAAGUCCAGUUCAAGUUCUUUGAUGCUGUGGAGUCCAUGGAUCCUAAUAACAUUGUGGCUUUGCUACAGCUUAAUCCUUAUCACAUCGACUCUCUGCUCCAACUCUCCGAUGUUUGUCGCAUUCAAGAGGACCAGGAGACUGCAAGGGACCUAAUUGAGAGGGCUCUGUACAGCUUUGAAUGUGCAUUUCACCCCGUGUUCAGUCUGACCUCAGGUACUAGCAGGUUGGACUACCGGAGACCAGAGAACAGGGCCUUUUAUCUGGCUGUUUACAAACACAUGAUGUUUCUGGAGAAAAGAGGCUGUCCACGUACUGCUCUGGAGUACUGCAAACUCAUCUUAAGUCUGGAUCCAGAUAAUGAUCCUCUCUGCAUGCUUCUGCUGAUUGAUUACCUGUGUCACCGCAGUCGGGAGUACACUUUCCUCAUCCGACUCUGUGAUGAGUGGGAGGGUCAUCGGAACCUCUCCCAAAUGCCUAACUUUGCCUUCUCGUUAGCACUAGCAUGCUAUCACAUAAGUCAGCAGGAAGAGACUCCACCUGAGGAGAGCCAACGCAUGAAGCUUAGAUCUGAUAAACUGCUACAGGAUGCUCUCAUUAUGUUCCCUGGUGUGUUGAUGCCUUUGUUGGACCAAUGUUCUGUCCAGCCUGAUGCUGCUGUGUCUUCCCAUGCAUUUUUUGGUCCCAGGAGUCGUUUGGGACAACCCCAGGCUCUGUCCGAGCUGGAAGGGCUGUACGUGGGCCGCACUCACAGUCUGUGGAAGGAAGCAGGAGUGAUGCUGUGGAUGGAGGGAAACGUACAGGAGGUGUUGAGAAAGGUUGAUGCAAUGGACCCAUUCGUGGAGGACUGCCAGAACAAGAGGAAACAGCGGUACCAAAGGGCUCCCAGAAACAUUCACAGACACGUUCUUUUAUCUGAGAUUAAGGAGGCCACAUCUAACCUGCCUUUGGAAGUGACCACACAGCCAGUAAUGAGUUAUGAUCCACUUCCUCCUCUGGAUUCUGUAGCUUCCUACACCAGGCCAGAAAGGCAGAAUGCAAGGGCCUCAAAUGAAAGCACAUUGUCACUGUUGUUCCGCUCUCUGCUGCCAAACUUCAACCUGCAGGGUGAACAGAGACCUGAGGAUGACCAGGAAGUAGCACGUGCAGGCCGGGAGCUGAACCAAGAGGUGAAUCGACUCAUGGUGGCCAUGAGGGACAUGCUGGCUAACAUCCAGUUUCAGGAGCCGCAGAGGGAGGACAACCCGGACAGAGAUGAGGAGGAAUGGGAUUGAGACGGGAAUAAAACAGGAGAGGGAACAUUGAAUCAAGUGACUCUGUGGCAGAAUUAGAGUGGCAUGAAUAUUAGAUAGAUUUUAUCAGAGGUGAGUUGAGAUUUAAAAAAAUGUAAUUUACUGACUGUAAUUCUUUUGUCUCCUGCUGAAAGUAAACCAAAUGUUCUCUAACAGUUUAA